UCGAUAUAGUCAGCAACGAACACGUUUGCGUGUCGCCUUGUCCAUCGGAUUCUAUUGCAUCGUAAAUUGUAACUUUAUUUAUCGACAGUGACGGCACCUGUACUGUGUUCGAGUAAUUAAAUACGCUCCAUAAAAUAGUGUACUGUAACCGUUGUAUAUAACCAUUCAGAAUUCGAAACCAAUUGCAAUAUGUCAUCAUAUGAUGUAUACCAUGCGUCUAACGGCAAACUCAAAGAAUAUAUUCCCGAUUGCGAAGCUUUAGCAACCUCCGUUUGGAGAUCGUCGAUCAUCAUACUUUUUAUCAUUGGACUUGUCUUAGCGCUAGUCAUUGCCUUCGUAAUUUCAAAUUCUUUGAGCACAGAUUCCGACGAUCGCGCAGAAAAAGAUGAUAUCGAACAGAAUAUGAAGCUCGCCAAACGUACCGAAGGUAUAUCCAGCGCGGUGCUUGUCAUACUGGCUCUGUUAUUCACAGUCAGCUUCCAUUCAUUUCUGCUACAUGGACGUCCCAAAAAAAUAGCUCCCGCUUGUUUCUUUAUGCAAGAAAGAGUUAGCAACGCCUUGCUAUAAAUCGGAGAUCGGAAUAACGGUCACUAUAGAUAAACUGUGGUUGAGUUUUUU